UUAAUUACUGCAUAUAAAAUUGCUAAGCAUUAAGCAAUAGUAAUAAAAUACUCCAAUCUUUUUGUCUUACCCACAAUUUAAGCAAUCUGUACGGUCCCCUCUCUUUCUCUCUGUGUUUGGUGCCUUUUGUUUUUUUUUUUUACAGCUACUCUUCUCGUUCAAAUUGUAAAGAGUCCCGUCUCUUCUGGAUUGCAAGUUGUAGAAACUAUUUUACCCUGUUUUGAUAUGGGGAAGAGAAGAAAGUUUCUUGAUCUUUAGUGUCCCUUUGUUUUUCAAUGGCAUUUCCUUUUUCUUUCAGCUCUGCUGGCAUUUUCUGUCUAAAGAUGAGGUCUUGAAUCAGAAACACUUUUCUUUUUGAGUUUAUUUUGUUCUCUUUAUUUAAUCCUGUGUUAUCUCUCUGUUUAAGAAGAUUUCCAAUAAAUCUUUGAAGGGUUUGGUUCUGCUAUUCUGUGUUAUUCAUUGGAUCUGAUUUUGAGAAGUUUGAGCUGAGAAAUCUGUUUAUUGAUUUGUGUAGAAUCUAACUGUUUGGUUUGGGUUUUGUUUUCCAUAUGAAUUGCUCCAUUAUCAGCUUUUGCUUUGCUGUUGUUACCUUUUCAUUUGUAAAUUGGACCCCCCCUUUGGUGCCAUUGAUUUGUAAGGUUAGCUUCCUUAGUAGUGGAAUUGAUUUAGGGUUCUUGUGAACUUCAGCUCUAUUGUUAAUCAAUUUGGUUCCCCAGUAACCAUCUUAUCAACACUAAAGUUUGAAGCUUUAGAAUUCUUCAUUUUUCAAUUCAUUUGAAGCUUGAGGCCUUCUCUGUAUAAAGAACCUGAGUGUUACUAUGAGGAAAAUUGUGAAUUCUCACUCAGGAAGGGUGUUCAGUGACAGAAAGUGGAAAGUUCCAUUCUUUACAUGUUUGCUUGUAUCAGUUACUCUAUUUAGUGCAACCAUUUGUGCGCUAUACUCGUCGUCUUAUGGUAGGGAUCAGGUGGAAUUCAAUGUGAUUCCAUUUGAUGAGCCAGAAGACUCGAGUGAAUAUUUUGUGGAAUCAGAUUUGAGAUCAACAGUGUCAAAUGCAGUUCCAAGAACGGAACCCCCUAGGUUUGCUUAUCUUAUAUCGGGAACCAAGGGGGAUAGUCAAAGACUGUUGAGGACUUUGCAAGCGGUUUAUCAUCCGAGAAAUCAGUAUAUUCUGCAUAUGGAUCUCGAGGCUCCGCCUCGUGAGAGGUUGAAUUUGACAAUGUCGGUGAAGAACGACCCUACUUUCCGUGAAGUGAAGAAUGUCCGGUUAAUGGAACAAUCCAACUUGGUGACUUACAAAGGCCCUACCAUGAUUGCUACUACACUUCAAGCUAUAUCAAUAAUGUUGAAGGAAAGUUCAGAUUGGGACUGGUUUAUCAAUCUCAGUGCUUCUGAUUACCCUCUAAUGACUCAGGAUGAUCUACUUCAUGUUUUCUCAAAUUUGUCCAGAAGUGUGAAUUUCAUUGAAAACGGGCAGCUUUAUGGCUGGAAAUUAAGCCACAGAGGAAAGUCGAUCAUAAUUGAUCCCGGUCUGUAUUUGUCCAAGAAAUCUGAUCUUGCUAUGACUUCUCAACGUCGAUCACUUCCAACAUCUUUCAAGGUGUUCACUGGCUCAGCGUGGGUAAUAUUAACUCGUUCUUUCGUGGAAUAUUGCAUAUGGGGAUGGGAUAACCUGCCUCGGACCAUACUCAUGUACUACACGAACUGUAUAUCCUCACCCGAAGGCUAUUUCCACACUGUCAUUUGCAACACGGAAGAGUUUCGGGACACUGCCAUAGGCCACGAUCUGCACUACAUUGCCUGGGACAACCCGCCCAAACAGCACCCUAUCGUGCUGACGCUCAAGGACUUCAACAAAAUGGUGAACAGCAGCGCUGCAUUCGCUAGGAAAUUUCGCAAGGACGACCCGGUUCUAGACAAGAUCGACGUCGAGCUGCUCGGUCGCAAGAAUCGGUUUGCACCCGGGGCUUGGUGCGUUGGAGGCGCAGAAAACGGAGCUGAUCCUUGCUCUGUGCGCGGGGAUGAUUCGGUGUUUAGGCCCAGCCCUGGCGCGAAGAGACUGGAGGGCUUAAUGCAGAAACUACUAUCCGAAGAUUUUCGUAGUAAGCAAUGCAUGGGAAGAAGUUGAUCUGGGAGGCAUUAUGUUUGUUUUCUGAGGCAAUUUUCAUGGCAGAAAAAGGGAGAAGCUCUGCAGAAAAAAGGAUUGUUGCAGUUUGAGAAGCUCUUGACAAUUUUCAAAUGCAGAUAGUUUUCUCACAAAGGUGAGAAUCUGGAUAGCCCAAAUUGUACAUUGUUGUAACAACAGAUCAUAGUUGAAGUGUAAAGAUUUUGGAAUUUGAUUUCAUCAUUAAUUUUUCUUUAAAUAAACUAUGCUCUUCAUAUUUUA